AUGUUUAUAGCACGAACUACUUAUACACUUCGAAUUUUUUAUGCCGGCGAUAUUAAUCGUGAAUUAUAUGGGUUUUACAUGAACCACUAUAUCGAUAGUAGUGGGAAUAAAAACAUGUUUAUGACAUCUGGUAUGGAACCUACUAGUGCUCGAAGUGUACUUCCAUGUAUUGAUGAGCCUGCGCGUAAGGCUAUUUUUAAAAUGAGCGUAGUACACGAUUCUUUAUAUACUCCAUGGUCCAAUGGAGAAAUUGAAAGAAGGGAAACACUCAGUGAUGGACGAAUUAUUUCAUAUUUUACUCCAACACUACAAAUGUCCACAUUUCUUUUGGCACUUAUCGUGGCACCAACAGCCGAUUUUGCCUGUUUACCCGAUCGUGUUGUAGGUUCGAAAAAUACUAAAUCACGCGUGUGUGGACGCACCAAUAUUCUUUCACAACUAACCUAUGCUGACGAAGUCGCCUACAAAACGUUAGAAUUCUUCAAUACAUACUUUAAUAUUGACUAUCCCUUACCAAAAAUCGAACAUUUUGAUGUUAUCAACUUUCCUGGAGAAGCAAUGGAAAACUAUGGCUUAUUAAUAUAUGAUGAUUUGGGCAUAUUUUUCGAUGAAAAAAUAGUAUCUAGCUCCAUAAAACAAUACAUAACAACGUUGGUAGUACAUGAAAUAGCUCAUCAAUGGCUGGGUAAUUUAGUGACCCCCGCUUGGUGGAAUGAACUGUGGCUGAAGGAAGGUUUUGCUACUUACAUGGAAACAAUGGCAUCCAGUUAUGUUCAACCUUCUCUGAUGCUAGAGGAGCAAGUUCCUGUGGAGAUGAUUUUCAAAUUUAUGGAAGCCGAUUCGUUACCGACUUCGCGACCAUUGAGUAUUGAAUCAGCCAACCUGACAGAUAUCAUUCCAUUGUAUGAUUCGAUUAGUUAUUACAAAGGAGCAGCAGUGAUUCGCAUGAUGUCCAUGAUUUUAGGUGCUCGAAUCUUUCAAGAAGGCCUUCAGCUAUAUGUAACAGCGUUGAAUUUUAGUUCAGCAACAGAAAAGGACUUAUGGAGAUACUUGAACGAAGCGGCAAACAAUACAAUUAACAUUGAACAAGUUAUGCAUGGAUGGACACGUCAAGCAGGCUAUCCAGUUGUGGAAAUUAAUCGAAUUUAUAGCACAUCUGAUCAGGAAGGAGUCGGAAGUUAUAUAAUGAUUAGUCAAAAGCCUUUUAGCCUUCUUCCAGCGACGAAUAUCGAGCGAAAUCCAUGGUGGAUUCCAUUUAAAUACUUUGAUAGAACUUUGAAUCAAGUAAAUGAGAUUCUAUGGUUCAAUAAUACAUCAGCUACGUUGUCAAUUACUACAUCGAACUCAGAUUGGAUUCUAGCCAAUCCCGACUAUCUUGGUAUCUAUCGUACAAAGUAUGAUUCACAAAAUUUUCGUCUCAUUCUAAACCAACUUCAGAGCAACCAUACACAUAUUCCAACUGCUAGUCGAGCAGCGCUUAUCGAUGAUAUCUUUGCUUUGUCACGCGCUGCCUUGGCUAAUAUAACUGACGCAUACGAAUUGAUUAGAUAUUUAAAGAACGAAACUGCAUUGGUCCCAUGGACAAUAGCGCUUGCUGCAAUGAAUCAACAAGAAUUAUUACUUGGUGAACACGAUAUUUUAGCUGAUGUACAACAAUAUUUUCUGGAAUUGAUUCUUCCGAUCUACGAUCAAAUUGGAUGGAUUCCUGUUAAUCAAUCCACUGAAUGGCUUCCAGCUCUACUACAACCAAAUAUUUUAUCGACUGUCUGCCGUUACGGCCACCAAAGUUGCAUUGAUGCAGCACGUAGUCUCUAUCAAAACUGGACUAUGAAUCCUACACUGAAUCCCAUUCCGGCUGACCUUCGCUUGAUUGUUUACUGUACAGUUGCUCGAACAGGCUCACGAUCAGAAUUCUCUUUUUUGUGGACUCGUCUUCAAAACGAAUCCAUUAUGAGUGAAGCAUCGAAUCUACUUGAAGGACUUUCUUGCACACAAGAUCCUGCACGUAUUCUUUGGUUUCUAAAUAAACAUCUCGAGAAUGAAUCGAUCAUUCGUAAUCAGAACUUGAUAUCGUCCAUAUCAAAAGUCGCUCGUUCACCGCAAGCAAAUCAAAUAGUGUGGAACUGGAUUCGUGACAACUGGCCGAAACUUGUUUCUAAAUGGGGAAAAUCAGGAAGUGGUUUAAAAAGAAUCAUCGACGCAGUCUCCAGUCGUUUUGUCACCACUCGACAGCGUGAUGAAUUUAAAGCAUUUGCUGAUACGAUCAUUGAUAAAGGUACGAUACGUCGACAAUUUCACCUAUCGAUCCAGAGAAUCAAUGCAAAUAUUGAAUGGAAUACAAUCAAUAUUCCUGCAAUCAUCAAAUUUCUUCGUCCAAGCGAGAAAUCAUCGAUUGUGGACCUUUGA